AUGGGGAGAUACCUGCUUCCUUGGAAAGACCCUUCCAUUGCUUCCACGCUGCUGUUUUCACACUCGCCUUCCGACGGGCACCUCCCACGGCCCAUGCGCCCCAGUUUCACACUCGCCUUCCGACGGGCACCUCCCAUGGCCCACGCACACCAGUUUCACACUCACCUUCCAACCGGCACCUCCCAUGGCCUGAGCACCCCAGUUUCACACUCGCCUUUCGACAGGCACCUCCCGCGGCCCGAGUGCCCCAGCAGCUCCCUUUGCUCCCCUGAAGCAGACCUGCUUCCUUGGAAAGACCCUUCCAUUGCUUCCACGCUGCUGUUUUCACACUCGCCUUCCGACGGGCACCUCCCACGGCCCAUGCGCCCCAGUUUCACACUCGCCUUCCGACGGGCACCUCCCAUGGCCCACGCACACCAGUUUCACACUCACCUUCCAACCGGCACCUCCCAUGGCCUGAGCACCCCAGUUUCACACUCGCCUUUCGACAGGCACCUCCCGCGGCCCGAGUGCCCCAGCAGCUCCCUUUGCUCCCCUGAAGCAGGUUGGAUUUCAGAGCAAGUACUCAAGUACGUGGAGGAAGAUGAGGGAGGGAAGAUGGGAGGAGGUCAGGAUUCAGGGGGUGGGACUUCCCCUGGAAACCUGGAAAGCAGGGAGCACCGACUGCCCACGGACACCAGGAAGGAGGGAGCAUUGCCGCUCGUGGACCCUGAGAAGGAGGGAGCGUUGCCGCCCGUGGACGCCGGGAAGGAGGGAGCGUUGCCGCCCGUGGUCCCUGGCUGCGAAACACAACCCAAAGAGCUGGCUGUGUGGACCGCGGUGCAGCUCCCCCCCACGGGCCUCUCCCAACCUGAGCGGCGCCCUCCUGGCCACCGUCCACUGCUGCCCGAGACCCUGCCCCAGCAGAAGGCACAGGCUGGGGCAAGAGGGUCUGGUGGUGGAGGGAAUCCAGGGGGCGUGGUCCUCACCCCACUGUCAGCGCUGGCAGACCCCAACACUCAUCCCCCAGCCCCAGGUACACAACCCGCGCUGCCGCCCCUCUCCGGGCCCUGCCGCCCCUCUCCGGGCCCUGCCGCAGCGGCUGUGGAAAAUGCCUCUGUCCACCCGGCAUGGCUGGGUAGUGCCUGCUUCCCCCACACCAGCCACAGGCCGGCUCCCCAGUCCUCUGUGGGACGGUUGCUGGUCUCUGUUAAAAACCCCCCGGGUGACUUGCAUGCCGCUAGGGCCUGUGCCCCCGGGAGACACUCUGGGGAGGGGUCACAAGGAAACCUCAGUUCAAGCUGCCCAGCCAAGGCCGGGCAUGGCUGUGCCAGCACAGGAAGGCAGGGAGGGGUCUCCAGGGCAGGCAGCUCUCCCCUCGGCCCAGUCCCUUCUGUGAAGUGCUCAGCCCAGGCGGGAACGUGCUUCCCACUCAGCCUCCUCCAAGCCGCUGAAGGUCCCACUGGUUCCCCAAAUGACUUCUGUCCUGAGCCGUGGGCUCCUGACCACGCACCUACCUUGCAUGGCCUGAACAAGAGUCUGCGCCAGGGACCCCGCUCGGGAGGGGCACAGAGGAAGCCAAGGGCCCACACAGGUGAGGGGGUCUCGUGUCAGCUCACCCAGCCCAGGCUCAGCAGCAGCCUCAGAAUUUCCUGGCAUCUGCUUGCCUGUGUUGCAACCCAAGUGGGGUGUGCGCGCCGCCUGAGAGAGAAAACACUCGACGAUUAUGUAAGCGCUUUCCUCCCCAGCACAGGGCCGUCUUGGGCACAUCGAGACCAGACCAUGUGCAAAAGCACUCGGGAGAGUGGCAGGAGCUGAGCUGCCUGAGAGGGAUUAACCCCUUCCGGGAUGCUGGUGGCUCGUCCUGGGGAACGUGGGACUGGUCAGGAUUGUAGCACGCAGAGGGGUAGAGUGUGAAUGUGGAGGCACCGGUGCUGUGUGAUUUCCCACAAGUUGUCUAACCUCUCUGUGCCUUCAUUGCCUGACUCGGCUGUUUCCAAUGCAGCUGAUUUUAACAGCACCUGUUUCAUGAGGCCACAGCCAGGAUUCUGGAAGGCAAAGCACAGAAAGCCCUCAAUGCGGUUUGAGGCUCCAGGCAAGGCUCAGCUGACAGUAG